AUGCCUGUUCCUGCAAGUGCGAUGCCCGCUGGUGCCCAUGGCCCUUCUACCUUUGACAAACUCAAGAUGGGUGCCAUGAUGGGCGGCAGUGUCGGUCUCAUCAUCGGUUUCAUCUUCGGCGCAACAAACAUCAUCAGAUUCGGCCCUGGCCCCAAUGGAAUGUUGAGAACGCUCGGCCAGUACAUGGCUGGUUCUGCCGCCACUUUUGGAUUCUUCAUGUCCAUCGGUACAACAAUCCGCACAGAAGGCAAUUCGCCCAUUGCCAACCAGGCUUUCGCCAACGCCUACCGCAAGCCUUUCAUCUUGCCCAGACAACAUGCCGCUCGUUCAUAAGACUAUGCAGCUCCAUCUGAGCCCAUGGCUGCCUCGCAUCCAUGCUUGCUGUUUCUGGGCUGCAUAGGGACGUCUGCGACCCAAGACAAGCCACAGCCACAACCAACAGCCAUGCUCCUUCCAGGUUCACACAUCACACGACCUGGACUUCACUGUCCAGCAGUGGUAAGCAAUGACCUCAGCAGUUGAUUCUAGGUAUUGUCUAGUCGUUGAACCGUUGUCAGCCUCGCGCGUCAAACCAUCACGCCCGUAUGUACUCUACUUUUAUACCACUUCUUGUAGCAAU